AUGAAAACAGCUUUGGUAAGCAGCCCAACACAGUACUUCUGGUACCGUACGACACUUCAAAUAUCCGAAGACAUAAAUUACCCAGAAUCGUUCAACUACAAAAUUGCUUUAGCCCUUGUCAUCGCCUGGAUCCUCGUUUACUUAUGCAUGAUCAAAGGCAUCGCUUCCUCCGGCAAAGUCGUUUACGUAACGGCCACUUUCCCUUAUAUUGUCCUUGUAAUAUUUUUCUUUAGGGGCAUAACUUUAAAGGGCAUGGGUGAUGGAUUAAUUCAUUUAUUCACUCCGAAGUGGCACAGGAUUCUAGACCCUGUUGUCUGGUUAGAAGCAGGCACGCAAAUAUUCUUUUCGCUUGGCCUCGCUUUUGGAGGUUUGAUAGCUUUUUCGUCCUACAAUCCAGUGGACAAUAACUGUUACAGAGAUGCGAUUAUGGUCUCUAUGACAAAUUGUUUAACGUCUAUGUUUGCGGGAAUCGUUGUUUUUUCUAUAAUUGGGUUUAAAGCCACGAUGGUGUAUGAGAAAUGUUUGGAUGUCAGGAACGAGACUUUGUUGGACAUGUUUGGACCGGCGUUUCAGUCUAUGGAACUGCCGGAGGCUGGGCAGACUGUGAUGAUGGAGCUUUAUGGGAAUUUGACCAAACUUGUAAUGCCACAUCUGCCUCACUGUGAUCUACAACAGGAGCUGGAUAAUACAGCCUCAGGCACGGGGCUUGCAUUCAUCAUAUUCACAGAAGCCAUCAACCAGUUCCCUGGCGCACAAUUCUGGUCCGUCCUUUUCUUCUUGAUGCUCUUCACCCUCGGAAUAGACUCUCAGUUCGGGACCCUCGAAGGAGUCGUCACAUCCAUAGUCGAUAUGAAGCUAUUCCCGAAUUUAAGAAAGGAGUAUUUAACUGGAGGGAUAUGUCUGAUAUGCUGCUUAUUGUCUAUGGCAUUUGCGCAUGGGUCCGGCAGUUAUAUAUUUCUACUGUUCGACAUGUACAGUGGGAAUUUCCCACUGUUGAUUAUUGCCUUCUUCGAAUGCAUUGGCAUCGCAUACGUCUAUGGAGUUAAGAGAUUCGCUGACGACAUCGAACUCAUGACAGGCCAACGUCCAGGUAUAUACUGGCUUAUCUGUUGGAAAUAUCUAUCCCCAUUAGCCAUGCUGUCUAUACUCGUAUCCUCGUUUUGGGAGCUAGCCACCGAAGGUUCCAGUUACGAAGCAUGGAUCAAGUCAAUAGGAGACACAGAAAAGAAGCCCUGGCCAAUAUGGUCAGUUAUGUUGGUAUUGAUACUGGUGAUGGCAUCUGUACUUUGGAUUCCACUGUUGGCUAUUUGCAGAUACUUUGGGAUCCCAAUCAUAGACGAUGAAGAACGAGCGUGGUUCCCUGCCGAAGAACUUCGCGACUUCCAUGGCAUAGAACCGAGACCAGUGUCUACCAUGGAAACUCUUUUGUUUUGUACCCGACCAGAUGGGACUGAGGGUUGCUGUUGGCCAGGCUGCUGCGAGACCGAUGAUGAAGAAUAG